GGGUUCGAAAGCAUUUUGGAGGGGCUGUUUGGACCAGGACUCGUAAAAGAUCUUACCCUCUUUCAAGAUUGUGAGCCAGAGGGUGUGUCAGAUUGGUCGUUUAAUGAACAUUGUCUCUUUUGCUGCUUGAGACGGGAAAAAGUGAAGGAUAAUUUGGUUGGUUUGAACAACCAAGUGUUAUCAGAAGCGGAUAGCUUCAAGCAAGAGCAGUCCAACAUUAACAAACUUGAGAAGCAAGCAGCGGAUUUCCUCAAUGUUGUCUUCUAUAGAAAGGCAGACCUCCCGAGAUUUACAGACCCCCACAUUCCUCUAGUGGCUCGUGAGAUCAUGCAGCGAAUGAUCCGACAGUUCGCUGCCGAAUAUACCUCAAAAACCAGCUCAACUCAGGACGUACCCCAACCCCAGUCCCAGCCCAACGGCACCAAGGACCAAAGCCUGCCGAAAGCGCCCUCGCUGGAGCCGGACACCUCCACACCUGGUGCCGGCGCCGCUGCCUCCGCACAGAAUCCCGUCCUCAGCAAGCUUCUCAUGGCAGACCAGGACUCCCCACUGGACCUCACCGUCAAGAAACCAGAGACAGAACCCAGCGAACAAGAUGGAGUCCUUGACCUCUCAACUAAGAAAAACCACAGUCAUGGUAGUGUCUCACUGAAAAGCUCUCAAGGUUUCUCAAUCAUGCCCACAGUUAAGGGGCGUUCCCAGAGAGCUGAUCACAACUAUCGAGAUGUUGAUGAUGAGGAUGGCUUGCCACCGAGAAGCUUGCAUGAUGGGAUAAGGGAUAACUGUAUUGGUUCUGGACCCCUCAAGCCACCCUUGGCCCGCUCGCUCCUCAUAAAAGAGGAACUCCUGAGCCAGAAACAUCGCCUCCUUGGCCAACCUCUUUCUUUGGCUAGCCUAGAGUCUGCGGGUCUCCUCAACAGCCAAGCCCAAUCCCUCCUUUCCCGCGAUGGGACAUGGGGGAAAUCCCAUCUAGAUGGCCUCCUGAAGCUCAAACAAGUUUGCGGCGACCUCAACGACCUGCCUCUUUUCCAGGAGAACCAAGGCGCAUUCACCAAGGGUACAAAGUCCCAUGAUAGUGGUUCCAUCACGGUAAAGAAAGAACCAGGACAUUCCCCUCCAGUGGACUUGAAGAUCCCGCAAGUCAGAGGCAUGGAUCUGUCUUGGGACUCCCAUGGGAAUGCAUCGGAUCUCUACACUUACAGCUCUAUAGUUUUGGGCAAUGUGCACUCUGAGAAUGCGCUCAGUAGGAAGCUGAGGGCCAUCUUGCCAAAGCAGGGUCGCAGAGCCGCUCUUGGAGGCCUUCUAGAUGGAGGAGCCGUGGGUGAAUACUGGGGUGCAGAGCUUGAACAGCCAACUUUGGGACCUCAAUACCCGACAUCAGAUCCAGAGGCAGACCCGACCGGCUCCAAGCAACCCCGAAAGAAAAGGGGACGGUAUCGUCAGUACAACAGCGAUAUUCUAGAAGAAGCCAUUGCUGUGGUGAUGAGUGGGAAGAUGAGCGUUUCGAAGGCGCAGAACAUCUAUGGUAUUCCCCACAGUACCUUGGAGUACAAGGUGAAAGAGAGGUUGGGCACCCUGAAGAACCCACCAAAGAAAAAGCUUAAACUGAUGAUGAGGGCAGAGGGGCAGGACUCUGGGAUCACCACCGAAACCGAAUCCACGUCGACGCCCGCCACCACACCCAUCGCAAUGCAAGUGGAUGUCUUGCAGGGGACAGGAGAAAAAGUCGAGUAGAUAACACAGAACACCUCAUAAAACGGAAAACGUUUUAGAUUCUGACAGACUCAAAAAACUAAAAUUAUUUGGAAUUGAGGAUGAGGCUUUAAUUGUGCCAAUUUAUACUUGCAGUAUCUGGGUGAGCACAACUGCAGGGAUUCAUGGGAGGAUUUAAGCCUGAUAACUGGGGAUAAGAAACAAAUUGGCAGUUAUCACAGUGGUCGCAUUGACACUGCAAACAUUUGCAGAAGUUUUUUACAACAUAAAGCAACAAAUGCGUACUAAAGCCAUAAGAGAGUAUCGACAGAGAGACAUUUUAUUAAAAAAGAAAGGCAAGCAGAUUAACCCUUUGUUCACCCCCUUCAUCUGAACUUUGCGAGCUACGCCAUUAGUGCUCAUGCGUUUUGGACAGCAUGCCAUUUUGAGAAACGAGAAGCGGGGUUUCAAGGGUUACGUGCAAGGCUGGAAAUUGACCCAUCAAAGAUUAAUUUAUCUCCUCUGAUUGGUAGGUUUAUGAAAUAAUUCAUGAUCUUUAAAACUAAUUUAUUUCAAAUGGAGUUGACAAGGAUUCUCACCAAGGAUCGAUCCUAGGCCCAUUUUUCUAUUAACAGGUAAAAACAAUUGCUUUCAACUCUUUUUAGUUUCCUCCUUUUAUAUUCUGCACCAUUGAAAUGGACUAAGAAUUAGACGCGUCCAUUUUAAAAAAUGAAGCUUAAGAUUAGUCAUUCAGGGAUGCAUGUUUGUGAUGUUGAAAAGAUUUUUUUUUUACUUUACUGUAAACUUUUCUUUAACUCUAGCGCUUUCUUUUGCACUACACUUUCAGUCUGGCGCUCGCCAGAGCCUAAAUCUGGCAGUUAGACCUGAUUACCUCGACACUGCUUGCAUUACGCACUUACUGUUCUGUCUGGCAUAUUAGAUAAUGCUCAUUUUACAGUACUCUACUCUUGGUGAGAGCCUCUCCCUUAAAAGGAUUUCAAUGCCCAUGAAGGGACAAUGCCGACUUAAGCCACACAGGACAGGAACGUGUUUGCGAUUCACAUCUUUCUACUAAAAUUAAUCGAGGGAGGGUGCACGCAGUCAACUUUUGGCUGAUUCUGGCUGCUCCCUCGUCGCUGCUUAUAGUCAGUCACUGACAUGUAUAUUUAUAAAAAGAAGAGCAUUUUCGCAGAGGUUUGGUUUUGGGGAAUACCUACAUUUCCAUAGGUGGGGGGAAAUGUAGGUAGGGUUAUGACCAUAUAACCCUGUUAUAGCGUUCUUUCAGAGAGCCAAUUCUUGUCUCUGAAUGGUUUCUUUUCCUCAUGUAAAACUCAGGGCAACUGAGACAAAUAUAGUGAUCAUGUUUUUAGGGAAACAAUGCAUUAUACCUACUUGAACUGGAACCUGACACACAAUUCUCAGUCAGUGAGUUGGGUCAGGGGCAAGGCUUUAUACCGAGCGUAGAUUGGGUCGAGCUGAGCCAUGGAUUGCAGAUAUUGGUGGGAUGUUAUCGUUCGAAACACCUGGCCAGUUGUGAAUUUUCUUCGAUCUCUCUGAAAAUAGCACUUUGUUUAAAAAGAAAAGUGAAUAUGUUUGGGUGUGUGUUUUAAAGUAGCUUUUGCAGUAGCAGAUAGCAUAAAGGAGACUUGCAAGAUCAAAGGGGGAGCAUUUCAACGACCCCUGGCAUCCUGCAACUUAGACCCAAACAUGCUCAUUUUGUUUUGAAAAAAUUACCUCUUCAAUAUACAGUGGUCGACAGCUUAAAUUCUCAGAUUUGUCUAGUGUUGCCUCACUGUUUAUUGUCACAUUGCCCCUUUUUCAAAUCUAAACUGUGUCGUCUGAUGUAUAUAAAACCGAAAAAGCGCAUAGAUCUGUGAAGAUUUCAAAGAGAAGGCUUUUGGAAUGGCAUGCUCCACUUUGAUGUUGUUUUGAAGGGCAUUCUGGUAUAUAUCACUGCCUGGUGCUCACCCAGUCUGUGACAAAAAUUAUACUUCAAACUUCAGGGUUUCUGAUGAUGAAACGGACUCUUUGAAAUGUACCUUUUAUUUAUUUCAUUAUUUAAUUUGAAUCAUUUAAGUAAAUGGCAUGCACCAGUUAAGUGGAGGCUGAUUUACUAUUUAUAAUCUGACACUUGGUGGCGGGGUUGUAGACAACCGGGAACACUGUCCUGGGCUCACCUUUAUAAUAUUAGACCUAGUGAAUUCAAGUAAUUCUAGUAAUUUCCCACAUUAUAUUAGGCUUGUAUAAAUUGUAUAUAUUUCCUACAAUACUAUACUUGUAAGUAUGGGUGUCAUUUAAAUUAUUAUUUCACAAAGCAAAAAUGAUUUUAGUGUUGUUAGCUUUGUUUAAUGAAGUUGAAUUGCAAUUAUAGCCAUGUGUGGAGACACUACUGAAAUUAAUAGAAAUCAGAGUAUUUUAAUCAAUACAACAUACAGUAGUAAACCACUGAUGUGACAUAUUUGGUUCAGUUUAUAAAUUAUGAUCACAUGCUGCUGUACUUCUACAUGAAACAAGUCGAAGGAAAGAAUUUUAAUGUAUAAAGAGUCAUAACUAAGUUAGAAUCAUAUUCAUACGUAUAAGCUCUAUACUGUGUAAAUCCCUUUAGGU